AAAAUAGGUGUCGCCCGAAUCGAGAAGGGGAGAAAUCCAUCCAUUGGCCGCGUCUCUCUCUCUCUCUCUCUCCUGAGGUUAGUCCAUCUCCGACGAACCGAAAAAAGACAAGAAAGGAAAAACCUCUUCCUUCUCUGUCUCUGUCCUUGCAAAUGCUGUUGGACGAGAAUUCUGGGUACAUUCCAUGGAUUCAGGCGAAUAUGGUUUGGACUGAAUUGUCCCCUUUUAUCCUCCCCCCUUUUUUUCCUUUCUGGGACUGAGAUAUCACGUGUUUGGGGAGGGUGAAAUUUUCAUUUUUAAGGUUCUUGGAAGUUGAAUCUCGAUCUUCUUUCUUUUUGUUUUGUUUUUUUUUUUCUUGUAUUUUUUUGGUUUUUAACUUUUUUAUGAAGAUCUGUCGGAAAAUUUUGGUGGGUCUUUGAUAGAUUACAGGUGUCGUGUUUGUUUAUGAUCGGGAUGCUCUGAUUUUUAUGGGGAUUUUCAAGGGCAGCGGUUCUGUGAGGACAUUUUGAGGUUUUGUGAUCUGGGGCGUGUUCUUUCAUGGCUAAAAGUCUGUAAUUUUGGUGGGUUUUUUCUUUGCGGGUGAGGAAAUUCUGAGUUUUUUUUUUUUUUUUUUUUUGGGCGAAGAACCUGUAAUUUGGUGGGGUUUUUCAGCUGAGAAGGAGAUUUUGAGGAUUUGGGCGAUCGUUGUUCAUGGCCAGGAACCUGUAAUCUUGGUGUUUUUGAUUACCUGGGGAAGGGAUUUUGAGGAAUCGGGUCAUCUGGGCUUUCUUCUGUCAAGGUUUGGACCAAUCAAUUCUGGCAGAGUUUACCUGAAAAGGAGAUGUUUAGGAAUUUAACGAUCUGUGACAUGUUUUCCACCACAGUGACAGAGCGAGUUUGAUGAAUUUGGUAGAGAUUCCGUGCUUUCGUGAUCUGGGCUGCUUGGUUUUCCAACCAAGUGCCUCAAUAUUUUCUGGGGCUGCUCGACAGGAUCAUGGUUUACAUGGUGGUAUUUUGAGAAAUCUUGAUUUUGUUAUCUGAGAAAUUCGAAGUCGGGAAAAUGUAUGCUGUGGAGAGGCUGAGUAACUACAUCUCUCGCGGCGUUUAUACAGUUUCGGCCCCCUUUCACCCAUUUGGAGGUGCUGUAGAUAUCAUUGUUGUCGAACAGCAAGAUGGCAGUUUCAAAUCAAGCCCUUGGUACGUCAGGUUUGGGAAAUUUCAAGGGGUGUUGAAAUCAAGAGAGAAGGUAGUCGACAUAAGCGUUAAUGGAGCUAGAGCUGGCUUUCACAUGUACUUGGAUCAUAAGGGAGAGGCUUACUUUCUAAAGGAGAUUGAUGAUGGCGAUGAGGGGGAUGGUAUGCUCUCUCCUCUAUCAUCAGGUGAUGAGAUGGAUGAGCAGUCACAUAAUGAAAGGUUUUUAAAGGCUCAAAGCCUUAAUCUUAGUGGUGGUGCAUCGAACUCAGUUACUGAGAUCUAUAUGGAUAAUGGGAAGAUUGUGAAGCGGUCAAGUUCGCAGCCAUCUAGUAUUUUGGGGUUCAUGUUUGGACGGAAGUCGAUGAAGGAUGAAGACAGGCUUAGGAAGGGGGGUGGUGAUGUGGAGAGGAUAAGUAUGCCGAAGGGUAUCAACAUUGCUGAGGACACCAUGGAUGUGAACUCGUCGUCCAAUCCUCUGACUGCGACUGAGAGGAUGGACAGUGCUUCUUGGUUGUCUGGUAUUGAUAAUCUUGCUGAAGAGGCUAAUGAGGACAUGCAAGUUAGUGAGAGAGAAGGCACGUGUGGCCCAUCUUUGCAUGAUAGCCUGGAUCAUGGUGCCAUGCAUCCUGAUAUACACGAAACAGUUGCAGUGACUGGUAGUUCUGGGAUUGGCAUUGUGGAUACAGAACGUUUAGAUGAGGUAACCAGCCCGAUGUACGCAUGUUUAAGCACCCAUGAGCAAGAUUUGAGAAUAUCCGCCAAGGAUAUGAGUGAAUUAUCUGAGAGACAUGUGGUAACCUUUAAGCAAUCAGCAAAUGAAAUCAGGGAAGUUAGUUCUGCAGAGAAUGCUGGUUUUGAUGAUAUUUUGAAAAGAUUGAUUUCGGAGGAUGUUGUUCUUGAUUUUCAAGGUUCCAGUUUGGCUGAUUCAGAAGAAGGUUCGACCGUGCAUUCCAAUAUAUCUGUACAAUGUGAUACAAGUCUGGCAUCUGGUGAAAGAGAUAACCUUUUAACAGUCCAUCUUUCUAAGGAGGAAAACUUUGAGGGUGGAGUUUCUUCAUACAUCUACAGCGAAACAUUGGUAAGCAGGAGUACGGGGAUUGGUGGACAGUGCAAGGAAGUUGAAGUUCACACAGAAGUUUUGUACACAGAAACUGAGCUAAUUUCUGAGGUGAAUUCACAGCCAGAAUCUAGUCUACCCUUGGGAGAAGAAAAUUCUGAUGGUGUGUCCUGUAACCCAAAAGCUGUUCAUGAAGGUGAUGAAACUUCUGAGGAUUUAAUUACAAAGAGUGUUGGUGGCAGGGAAAUGCAAACAGAAUCCCUUUCUUCACUUGAUAUAGACCCACCAAGUUCUGAUCCCGUUGAAGCUAAGAUAGUUGAACUCAUCCACCAAGAUAUGGGGCUUAUUCAGGAGAAGACUUCGGAAUCUGGACAUGUUGAGAAUUGCGAGAGUCAAUCUCAAAUGACGGACAAAUUUUCUUCUCGUCUAUUUGGCAAUAAUGAAGUGGAUGAUGAAAAUCCAUCAACUGCACCCGAUUCCCCUGAUCAAACCAUUAAGGAUGAACGGAUGCUUGAUUCCAUCAAAGAAGCUGACCCACAGACUGUUCGCAACAUUUCCUAUCUCAGCAACAUGAUUAAUCAAAUCCAAGGGGAAGAUCUGGGGUCAAGAGAUAAGAUGCAUGGCCUUCAGCUUUCGUCCGAGGCCCCCAUUAAUCCUCAAAAAUCUAAUGUCAGCUCUAUUCCCGAGAAAGUUGUAAUCUGUAGAAUGCUAUCGUCUGAGAACAUAGAGGAAGAUGAUGACUACCUUUUCAGCAAAACUGAUAAUCUGGUAGGCAGUGGGUCCCGGUGGGACGAAACAGUUUCUGCAGCUGCAGUGGAGACAGGCGAUCACAUGAUGGAAGGCAUUGAAGAGGAACAUGAAGUUAACAAUACAUAUCAUGAGCCAUGUUUAUCUUCAAAUCGAUCUUUCGGGUCCCACUCAUAUUCUACUGCAGGUUCAUAUACGUCAGAACUAAUUCAAGAGUCAUCACCAACAGCCCUUGAAGGGUUGCCUCAAGAAUUGGGGGCUCAGGCCGGUCAAAUAACUAUCCCAAAAAGUCGUUUGCGUGAUGGGGGAGUUGAGCAAUUGGCAGAAUCUGUUCCCAAUUUCCGGGGCCACAUGUACGAUCUCAAAAGUUAUGAUAUUCUCCAUCCUCUUAGCCGUUCUUUGGAUUUAAGUUCUGAAGAUUUGAAAUGGGACGUGCAUAUGGAAACUUUAAUGCCAAAAGCGGUGUCCGAAAGCAACUUAGUCGAGCACCAGCGGAAAACUGAGUCUGCUGCUGCAUUUGUUGACACUAAGAGCGUGGGGUCACAUGAAUGCCUGUCAACAAAUCCUGCUGUUGAGAUAUCCCUUUGCAAACACUUGCUCUUUGAAGGGAUGGGAGCCGAUGCUGCUUCUCAAGCAUUUGAUGCUGAAAAAGUGGAUGCAGAGAAGUUCAGUGCUCUGGGUCCCUUGCUUGUGAAGAAUGAUAAGCUAGUGGUGAGAAUUGGUGGUCGUUAUUUCCCAUGGAGUGCAGCUGCUCCCAUUGUUCUUGGAAUGGUUUCUUUUGGUCGGGAACAGAUCCUUGUGCCUGAAGGCAUGAUAGCUGUUGACAAAGCAGACAAAGCCAUUGAAGGGGAAUCCAUUGUGUCCUCUGGUGGAAGCUGGAAACUCUGGCCUUUCAGUUUCAGAAAAUCAAAAGCUGAGAGCUCUAACAAAGGGACUGACAUCAGCAACAAUGCUUCAGAGAGUGCUGGUGACAUUGCCGAGAAUAAUAACAUGCAUGAAGGCAGCACAACAAAAAAAGUGGUGCGGUCCAUCACUCCGACUUCUGAAGAGCUGGCUUCCUUGGAUCUAAAGGAAGGACGGAAUGUGAUUACCUUUACUUUCUCGACCGCAAUGCUUGGGAAGCAGCAGGUAGAUGCCAGAAUUUAUUUAUGGAAAUGGAACACCCGUAUUGUUAUCUCGGACGUUGAUGGAACAAUUACCAAAUCAGAUGUUCUAGGACAAUUUAUGCCUUUGGUUGGGAAGGAUUGGUCACAGUCAGGCGUUGCACAUUUAUUUUCAGCAAUAAAGGAAAAUGGAUAUCAGUUGCUCUUUCUUAGUGCACGGGCAAUUUCUCAGGCCGAUCUCACGAGGCAGUUCCUUCUAAACCUUAAGCAGGAUGGAAAGGCAUUACCUGAUGGACCAGUUGUCAUUUCGCCUGAUGGGCUUUUUCCUUCGCUAUUCCGAGAAGUUAUCAGAAGAGCUCCUCAUGAAUUCAAGAUCGCAUGUCUAGAGGAUAUCAGGGCAUUAUUUCCCGCCGAUUCCAACCCAUUCUAUGCUGGUUUUGGCAACAGAGAUACCGAUGAGAUCAGCUACCUUAAGGUUGGAAUCCCGAAAGGAAAAAUCUUUAUUAUCAAUCCCAAGGGAGAGGUAGCUGUGAACCGCUGGGUCGAUACAAAAUCUUAUACUUCACUUCAUUCUCUUGUGAACGGCAUCUUUCCAGCCAAGUCUUCAGCCGAGCAGGAGGACUUCAAUUCAUGGAAUUUCUGGAAAGUGCCCCUUCCCGAGAUCAGCAUUUGAAGCCUCGCAAACUGGAGAUGCUCGCCUAAUCACAUUUGGAGCAGGAGUCAGAAGGAUUCUAGCAUGCCAAGCUGUGGAAUCUGCUAGCUACACUAUAGGAGCUUUACUAAAACCGUUUUUGUAUAUUCAACAACCUAUAAUGCGCCUGUAUGUGAUUAUCCAAGCUGUGCAAUUGGGUGGGGUCACUAUGCAGAUGACUGUGCAACUUUUGUUAACCAUCCAUUUCUUUUGUACUGCGGGGCACACCUGAUGAGCAGAACAUCUGAUUUCCAGAUCAUGUUUAUGGUGAGCACUACCUAUUUCAUGACUAGAUAGUCCCCAUCCAUGCUGGGUUGGCGCGUGCUAGUGCAUUUUCAUGGUUGUGUUUAUACAAACGGGUCAACAAACCCCACUAUGUACUAUAAAUAGUUCAAUCUAAAGUGAAGAAAUGUCUUUGGCGCAUCUCACUUCAAGAUCUUUAAUUUUUUAUUUUCAUGGGCGUGUUUAUACACAUGGGUUAGCAAACUCCACAUCAUAGAUAGGCGCAUGUAUAUAUUGUGUACUAUAAAUAGUUAAAUACACUGAAAAAUGUCUUGGCACAUCUCACUUUAAAGUCUUUUACUUGUUUUUCA